CUUUACCAAACAAUAAUGACGAAUAUUAUGUAGAGUUGUUAUAUGGUGAAUUAGAUGAAACUAUAAAUCAAAAUUUGUCAACUAAUAUAUCUUCAGAUAAUGAAAUUAUUGAGUUAGCAAUUCGUGCUAAACAAGCUCUUAAUAUAUCACGUGGUCCUAUUGAACCACCAGUUAUUAUUACAAAUCUUUUGAAACAAAUUAAAGCCACGAUUUACUUAAGUAUAUACCAAUACUGGGAUUCUCCAAAGGAAAUUAUCUUAAUUUCAGCACUGUUAGACCCUGAUACAAAAAGCUUAAAAUUAAGUGAUAAUUUGGUUAAUGAUUUAUCAAAGUUAUUGUCUACAAGUAAACUAUCAAAGGAUAACUAUGUUAAUUAUUCUUUACUUAGACUGUCUGAUGAUUCAGAUAAAGAAAAAAAUGAAGCAUCAAAUAAAGUUAUUCAAUAUUUGGUUUUGUCAAAAGAAGCACAAGAAUAUAAU